CCCCGUUGAUGGAAUUUGGUCCCUAUUCUCACCCAUGGGAUAGCUUUGAUCUUUAACCAAAUUAAGUCAUCUAGUUUUAGAAGCAGCUAAAAAACCCAAAAAUGGUGGACUCAAAUCAUGAAGAAAUCAAAAUGAUUUGAGAAUGUUUUAUCAAACCAAAAUAUGAAGUUGAAGCAUCAAAACAACCUCACUACUUAGCACCAAUUGAUCUUUUAUUCUUGUCUUUAGGCCAAAUGCAAAAGGGUCUCCUUUUCCACAAUAAACCCAAAAAUAUAGAAUCUGAUCUUUUAGAAAAUCUCAAGAUUUCAUUAUCUCAAACUCUUGUUCAUUUCUACCCUUUAGCUGGUCAACUCUAUACCCAAAAAUUUCAUGAUGAACAUGCCAUUUCGGUUUACGUUGACUGCAACAACGGCCCCGGAGCUCGGCUUAUCCACGCUGAUUUAUCAGUAUCCGAUCUCCUAUCGACCAUUGAUGUCCAUCCGAUCACCUCGUCUUUCUUUGAUUUUGGAGAGAAGUUUAUUGUAAAUCAUGAUGGACACACCCGGUCUCUUUUGUCAAUCCAAGUAACGGAGCUUGCUGAUGGUGUCUUUAUCGGGUUUAACAUGAACCACAGUGUAGCUGAUGGUACCUCCCUAUGGCAUUUCAUCUCGACCUUGUCCGAGAUUUUUCUGCAGGUUUCCUGCGACGACUCCAGGAAUCUUAAAACAGUAGAUGAAUCGUCCAUGAAGGUAAAUAUCUGUCGAAGACCUAUAUUCAAGCCCUUCUUUCCUGAAGGGUAUGGUCCGAUCCUUAAGUUACCAUAUGUUGAACCGGAAGAGUUUGUAACAAGGUUUGACCCGGGGCGGCUAAGAGAAAGAAUAUUCCAUUUCUCAGCUAAGGCAAUGUCGAUGCUCAAAGCUAAGGCUAACGAAGAAUGCAAUGUUGUCGAAAAUAAUAUAUCGUCUUUUCAAGCCUUAACGGGGUUCCUAUGGAAGUCAAUCACGCGCAUUCGAAACAUACACCCUGAUGAAGAGACUAGUUGUACAUUGAUUAUAAACUGGCGGGGUAGGGUUAUACCUCCAUUCUCCCAAGAACACUUUGGAAACUACUUAGCUGUAGCUCAAGGAAGAUGUAAGGUCGGCGAGCUUGUAAGUCGUGGGUUAGGAUGGGCAGCAUUGUUGGUUCAUCAAAGUGUAAAAGCCGAGAAUGAUUGUAAAAUCCUCGAGUUUUUAAGAAAUUAUUCCAAGGCUCCUUAUGUCGAACAAGCAGGUAAAGAUUCUGAAUUCCAUAAUGCUAAUAGUGUGUCCAUAGCUGGGUCUGCAAGAUUUGAUAUGUAUGGUCCUGAAUUUGGACUUGGUAAACCAGUCGCUGUUUUAGCUGGCUAUGGUAAUAAGGAUGAUGGGAAGGUAACGGCCAAUCCUGGAUGUGAAGGAGGGGGAAGUGUUGAUUUAGAGAUUUGUCUAAGACCUCAAACCAUGAUUGGUCUUGAAUCCCAUGAGGAAUUUAUGAGUUUUGCAUCAUAGUUGUCUAAUUAAGUAGGAGAUACAUAUAUACAUUCAAUAUCUGCCUCAAACCAUGAUUUAAUGUUAAUAAAUCAUUGCUCUAUAUAUCUCCUAUUGCCGACAAAUUAAUUGAUUUGGUGGAGAAGUCCAAUAUGUUACUUUGUUUGAUUGUAAUUUUCAAAAGGAAGAUCCGAUCUUGAUUUACCCAAAUCAUUAUGAUAAGCUGUAUUAUAAUAAGCAAUACUUUUGCACU